GUUUGCUGCUGUCGCUGGCGUUGGGCGCCGCGCUCGCUGUGUGCGGCUAUUACUGCGGAAAGUUGGUGGGGCGUCGUCGACCGACGAGUCUUGCAGCGCUGAGACUGGCGGCUGCGCCGCGUGUGUCUCUCUCAGAGCUGCAGACGUCUGGCCGUUGGGUGGCGCUGUGCGGGGCGGUGUUCGACGUGGCUGGCGACCCCUUCUUCGACGCAGAACGAGCUGGAAUCUACAGUUCGUGGGUAGGCCACGAUGUCACGUUCUUGCUGCUGCAAUUAGGGCUUACGCCGGAUGCUGCCGACGACGCGGAGGCCGUGUCCAGCUACUUGGACCGCGAAUGGCCGUUGGACGCGCUACAGGGCGACGAUGAGACCGUGAAGCGCCGGCAUGAACUGGUCCAGGGAGUGGUUCGUGCGCCUCCACUCGCGCUACGAGGUGGUGGCGCUGCUAAGCGACCGCUACGUCGGCGAGAAAUGGGAUGCGUUGAGGGCGGGGCUGCUUUCGGGGUUGCGGUCGUCAGCUCCGGGUGGCAAAUGCCCACUUGGCUUCGGCUCGAAGACAGUGAGCAAGGUGGUGACGCGCAGUGCGAAUGAUGCUAAGAACCUGCGUACGAUUAUAUUCCAAGGACGACGCUAUGAUGUGACGGACUCGAGCUUGUUCCACCCGAACGGCGGACAGUUCGCGCACUUUGUCGGUCAUGAUGUCACGUACGCGCUGGCAGUACAGUCGAUUCGAGUGGAAGACUUGGACGUGACUCCAGAUCGAGCGUACACCUUUGAGGAACAGUUGUUGCUGGAGAGAUACCGGGCCUUCUUCGCACAUGAACUGGUGGUACUGGAAGUUGACGACGCGCAGAAGGAGAACGGCAACAGGACGAAGACGGUGAAUGUGCACCAGGUUCUCGAGGAAAGCGACAGCAUGACGCAGGAAGAGUGCGCGCUAUAUUUGAAGAAGAUGCUUCCAGGUGCAAGUACGGAGCAAGUGAAUGCGGUGUGUUCUCGCACGACGAUGACUCCACUUCACAAGGCUGUGGAGAAACAUCGAUUGGAUCUCGUAGAGGCAUUGGUUAAGGCUGGAGCUGAUGUUGAGGCGCGUGCGGCACUUUAUGACGGCGAGACGCCGUUGGAUAUGGCCCACCGCUUUCACUUUGACGAUAUUGCUGCUCAUCUUGAAUCGGUUGCAGUAGGAAGCAGUUAA